GGAGCCGCGCGGUGGACGCCAGGUCAGGUGUGACGGACGGGAUCGAGAGCAGCGAUGGGGGCAGAGGCAGCGCCUGGGGCGCCGGCUCAGCCGGACGCGCUCUUCACGGAGCCGUGGAUGGCCAACUGCGCCCAGCAGGUCAACUUCCCGAACCCGGCCUGUCAAAAGGUUCUGGAGAAGGUGAACCAGGCACUGGCCUCGCGAGUCAAAGGCCAACUGAGCUCCGAGGCCAAACAGCAGGCGCUCUUCAGCCUCCUCGGAAAGGAAUUUGUCCGGCAGCAUUUUCCGCACCACAAGUUCAACACGAAAAUACUGGAACCUCCGAAGAUGGCUCCGGCCGUCAAAGAGAAGCACCUGCGCGAGAUGCGCGCCCACCUGAAGGCGGAGCUCGGCGGCGCGAUGCGCGACUGUGGCUACCCUGAGAACGUGGGCGACUACCGCGGCGACGACGAGCUGGGCACCUUCGUCUCAGAGGUCAAGGGCAUCUUCUCGGCCGGCCUGCAGACAGAGAUCGGCCGCGUCAUGGAUGAGGAGAAGGUGCAGUCGGCCAAGGUGCGGAAGGAGCGCGACGAGUUCCGCGACCGGGGCUCGGACGAGGCCGACACCACCGACACCGACGACGAGGAGGAGCUGGGCAAGCGGAAGAAGAAGCGCACUCGGCUGCGUCCCAGCGACGUGGCCGGCCGCGCGCUGCUCACGGUGCUCGCCAAGGACCCGGCGCAGUCGGCCGAGCUGCCCAACAGACUGAAGGGCCAGUUCCCGCUGCUGUCUCGCCCGUUGCGUCGGCACGUGUGGCUGACAGAGCUCCUCUCCAGCGAGAACAAGCGCCACGUCAGCGUGGAGGAGGCAGAGCCCCAGCUGAUGGCAGCCUUCAAACAGACCCUGACCAAGAGGACCAAGGAACAGAAGGGUCAGAGGGCGAACCGCAGCCCGCAGUGGAAGCUCAUCGAUAACGUCCUUAUCGAGGCUUACGACCGCUCGCUGCCGCUUCGGCCUCUCGACUGCGACGACCACUUGAUCCUGGCGGCUCAGGCUCUGAACGUGCUGAACACGUACGACAAGGGCUUCACGCACACGCAGGCCUACUGGCUGUGCCCGCUCCAGCUGGCCAUCGAGGCAGAGGAAACCGACACCGAGUCCUACGUGAUUCAGCUGGCUCUGUACCUGGACCUGCUGCUGCGACACUGCAAGCCCUCCACCGAGCAGCUCUUCAAGCUGGCCGACAGGGUGAUCGAGAACGUCAAGUCCAAGGACCCCGAGUACCACCGGCACCUGCAGGAGAUCUGCCGCAACCGGCCCAAGGUGGUGAUGCAGGAUUUCAUUCCAGAAGUUCUUCAUAAGGACCAUAAGACUGCCGUGAAGCAGUAUAACGAGAUGCUGGACAUGUUAAAGAAGGGCAAGGAGCUGAGCGCCAAGCAGGUCGACAUGUUCUCCGAUCCGAAGAUAUUCAUCCGCAAGUGGCUUGUGCAGUGUUUUGUCGGCAUUCUGAGUGUGACGGCGCAGCAGCUGCUCUGGGACCAGCUGUUCCUGCGCGACUGGAACCGCGAGCUGCUCUUCCACGCGGCGGUGGCGGUGCUCCACCUGAUCCGGCCCUGGAUGAUGCGCGCCACCUCCUAUAGCGGCGCAAAGAAGGUGUUCCUGGAAGAGCCCGGCAAGCUGUACACCCUGGACGUGCGGAAGGCCUUCAUGCAUCUGGUGACUGGCGGCAAGUACUCGGCCCUGCCGGAAAACAAAAACUACAUCAGUCCACCGACUCCGGCGGCCGCACCGCGCGAGCCCAGCCCGCCCCGGCGCGAGCGGAAGACCGUCCUGCCGCCCGUGAAGGACGCCAAGCCGGCGUCGCCGCCUCGACCUCGCUUUAUGCCAGUCAACAUCAACCUGGACGAUGAUGACGACGAGGAGGAGGUGAAGCCGAAAAUUGAGCCGCUUCCCGACUCUGCCUCGAGCUCCUCAGAAGACUCUGACGACGACACGCCGCCGCCGCGCGACCCGACGCCGCCUCCCCGGCCGCCGGCGGCUCCGGAGGACGGGGCGUGGUGCCCCCAUGACCGGAGCCAGGACGGCCGGCUGCCGGAGCCCACCCCGGUGACGGCCACCUUCGACCUCUACAUCGACAGCGUGCGCUUCAUCCCCGACAACGCCGUCUUCUGCAAGGUGACCGGACGCGUGUUCAACUUCAACCUGGGCGGAGAGGCAGAGAAGCUGGACGACAUCCUAGCCUACCCUCUGCACAGCUCCAACCACCGCUGUCCCCGCUUCAACUUCAGGAUGGCGCUCAACAAGGACCGCGUCAUCGUCAACCACAACAUGGUCAUCAUGCUCAGAAUCUACUGCUAUGAAGAGAGCACCAAUCAGAUGGUGGUUGCCGGCACCACGCUGCUGGCGCCGUUCGACUCCGCCCAGGGGAAGCCGGUGCUGCGGGUCGGCGGCCACCAGCAGCGGAUCCGGGUCGGCCUGCCCAGCUUCGAGGGCGGCGUGGCCAACCUGAUGGCCAGCGACAUGGACAGCAACCCCACCAUCCCGGGCCUGACCAUCCUCUACCGACUGCUGCCCCACACAGAGUCGGCGGUGGACGCGCCCGAGUACAGCAGCGGCUACUACCAGAGCGCCAGCUGCGAGCCGGGAGAGUCGGAGAAGCGUCUGUUCCGGCACUACCUGCGCAGGGACACGGCUGACCUCACUGUGGGCGAGUGGUGCCGGCGGCUGCAGGAGAGGCAGAGGACCAGCCAGCUGGCGGAUGGACCCAACCUGCAGAAAUGGAUGGAGACGAUGCUGGAGUCUAAGAAGGAGAAGGACAAGGACAAGAAGGCAGCUGUGCCCGAUCUGGACCUGCAGAAGUUCAUCCAUUACGACAUCGAGGUCGGCGCCAAUGUGAUGCUCGAGCAGGCGUUCGGACUGCCGGCGUUUCUGGAGAACCGUUUCACACUGGCCAUGGUGGAAUACCUGCCCGGAAAGGCCACUAAGGACUCCGGGCCGGCCGGAGCCGGUCGCGGCGACCCGGCCGCCGAGCGCUUCGUCACCCAGAAGCUGGACAUCAACAGUCUGCAGCGCUCGCCCAACUGGACGGACCCGCACACGACGCUCCACCCGCACUACGACGACGACACAGUGCUGGUGGUGCGCCUGUUCUCUCUGCCGCUCGAGUACCGGCCCGGCGGAACGGUGAGGCCGCGGGACGGAGACGCCGAGCCCGAGCUGCAGCUAGACCGGCCCGCCGCCUGGACGCUGCUGCAGCUCUUCGACAGCAAGUCCGUGUUUUCUGGCACUCACGCGGUGCCGCUGCUGAUGCCGCCCGUGAACUCCGAGUUCCUGGAGCUGGCGCAGCGCACCGGGGCCGGCGCCAAGCUGUUCUCCGAAGGAAAAUCCAAGGAGCUCAUCACUCCGCACGACGGCGCCAGCCUGGAGGUGACCAUCUGGGACGGCACGUUCAGCAGCGAGGAGUGUCCGCCGAUCCAGCGGUACGACUCGGUGCUGGCCGCCCUCCAGCCGCUGGACAAGUACAACAAACACAAGUCGCAGAAGGCCGGCCCGCCCGUGAACGCGCUGGUCUUUGAGAACAUGACGGAGAAGCAGCAGCAGGAGGGCGUCCACGGCGACGACUACAUCUACGAGAAGCAGACCUUCGAGACGGCCAUGGUGAAAAAGUUCAACACCCUGCUGAACAAAGCCUUGGUGUCCAGCGGAGAGAAGAAGAUCCAGGGCAUCCCAGAGGAGUAGAGGCCGCUACCUGUCUCCCUGACGUGACCCGGCGAUCACCCGACCGUGACCUUUGACCGGGCGGCGGCUCGGUCGGGUCGCUCGGGAGAGGACGGUGGAGGGCCCAUGUUGGCCAUGUUUGCUGCACAGCUGAGCUGCCACAGCGUCAGAUGAUUAUUUAGCUGUCACUGCGUAAAAUGAUUUGGCCGACAGUGUGUCAUGUGUGUCGGAAUUGUUAUGUUAGCGAUUUAAGAUUUUGGAAAGCAAGCACACACAGCACAUCAGCUUCGUGUGCCAUUGUCUUUAAGAAAGGUUUGUGAAGUACGGUGGAGCUCAGCUCUAUUUUCUUAGAGUGCAUUUUCAGCAAGGUGGGGCAGGGGAGGAAAAGAUCAUGGCCACUAUAUAUAAUAGUUAAUUUCGGUGAGGGAUGCGAAUCAGGGCAAAGACCAGUUACAUGUAGGCAGCCGAGGCCGUGUUUGUGUGAACGGGAGAUACCGCGCUCACACAGUCAGUCUCACUCCGUCAGUGGCACAUGAUGUGACGUCGGUGUCACGUCAUGUGACGUCGGCGUCACGUCGUGUGACGUCGGCGUCACAUCGUGUGACGCACGACAAACACCGCUCAGUCACCGCAGUAAAGCAUACAGCACACAGUCUUGGUCAGUGUUUGUCCGCCCAAAUUCUAAUUUACACAGCGUUACCUGAUUCUGCGUGAAUUUAGCAGCUGAUUUGUGUCUGUGUGUCUUGGUUCACUAACAGUGAAAAGCCAGCACUGCUUUGAUGAGCCGCGUAAUAGAUUGAAAUGAAACGGUUAUGUUGAAAUGCUCGAUAUUUGGCUUUUCUUUCGCUGCCAAGUAUUUUUGAACAGCCGUGUUGAAAUGCUCAAUAUUUGACUUUUCUUUCGCAACCAAGUAUUUUGUUUUGUUUUGAUACUUUGACGCUGGUUGUUUAAUAUGUUGUAGUGAGUUUUUAUUGAUGUGAUAAUGUGAUAUAUUAUGCUCACUGUUGUGCUUAUGCUGAUCUCAUUUUAUCAAAUACAUGAUAUAUUGUUCAAGCAGCCUGCAACAUCAUUUCGUGUAUAGCCGAUCUCAUUGUUUUACGUCAUUGUUCAUAUUGUUUUGUACUCUAGGACG